GACAGACGCACCGAGCCCCUGCUCGUCCCCGACCUCGGCGGCUCGGCUCCCGAUCUCGCUGGCUCGCUGCCUGCCUCGCCGGACGCCGUCAGACGUCGCUGUGUGCCUCGUCAUCGCUAGACGUCCAGGAGCCGCCCCCGGCGCUUGGCGCCCCUGCAAGCAACCACCGUCCGCCCAGCCCGCUCUCCGCCGGGCAGCAAGCCUUGAGCCCGAUUUCGGGACUUGAGGUCGCAGUCUGCUACCCGCUCUCUCCGGCAUCCCAGGGCGCCGCUCCCUCCCGGCUCACCACACACUCGCCUCGUCCCUUCAGUAUAGGAGGUGUACAAUGAGGCUGUUGAAAGCGGAGGAGUUGUUCCGGAAAUUGCUUGAGGGUGGGUCCAAGAAACAGCCUCGGCUUCUCGGGCUCGAUGUCGGUAGUAAGUACGUCGGGCUGGCAGUUUCUGAUCAGAAAAACAGGAUUGCCUUGCCUCUAAGUGUCUUGGGUAGGACAAAGACAAACAUUAAUUUGAUGGCAGACGAUUUCAAAACACUGGUUAAAAACUACUCCCUUGCCGGGCUUGUUGUGGGUUAUCCAUUCAACCUACAGGGUCAAUCUUCUCCAGAUGCAUCACAAGUAAGCCUUCUUGUAGGAGAACUUUGUAAAACUGGGAAACUUGAUGAUUUGAGCUACACAUAUUGGGAUGAAAAUUUUACCUCAAAGUGCGUAGAAGCCCUUUUAAAUCCUCUGAAACUAAAUGAUCCAGUUGAGACGAAAACAAUGACAGAUAAAUUUGCUGCAGUUUGCAUUCUCCAGGGUUAUUUAGAUAACAUGAACAGGGCAUUGAGACAUGCAGAUAAGUGUGAAGAGUAACUUGAGCUCAGCUUCUGGUCAAUGAACAUUUAUACCUCUUAAAAGUUCUUCAGCCUUGCAGUCUUUGGUCGAAGCAUGGUUCUGAAAGCAUUUCCUUUUCCCGUACCAUGAAGCAUAUUUCAUUUAGUUUUUUUUAACCGACACUUUCGUUUAGUUGGUCGAGGCGUGAGCUUAGCUCCGAGCUGGUGUGUCGUUAGGCCUCUGAUGUGGUGCAGAACAGGCAUAUUUCGCUGACAGUGCAUCACCUGGGCAAAAGCAGCUUUCGUACUUGUCUUAUGGAGGCAAAUUAGUCGUAACUGAUGUUAAUCUAUUGGGAAGAUCCUUUCUCCCCUUCUUUC